AAAGCUCAGUUUAAUUUGGAUCGUUGGAGAGAAUUGAUCAGAAAACUGCGAAGAAGGGUAGAAACACUCAACAUCAUAAUGAAAAUGGCACUGUUUGCCCAAAUUUGGGUGUUCGUAGCCUUGUUAGAACUUUAUCAUCUAUCUGGCGUUGAAUCCUAUGGAUCUCAUGUUUGCAUUCGUCCUGAAAUGGUGACCUAUUUAUAUCCGGUUUACAAGUCUAAAAUGGUUCCUUACCAAGAGCAUAGCUUGUGGCGAGGAUGGCAAACAAAAUAUCGUCGCGAAUAUAGCUGGCAAGAUGAGAUUCGCUACAAAAUGGAAAACAGGCAAUUUUGUUGUUCUGGCUACGAGGGAUCUGUCGAAGCCUGUAAGCCAAUCUGCACAAGAGGAUGCUCUGGGAACAGUUUCUGUGAGGCUCCUGGGAAAUGCAGCUGCAAGGAGGGCUACGGUGGACCAGACUGCCAGCCCGUCUGCCCAGGCGGAUGUGGCAAGAAUCAGGUGUGCAACCAGCCGAAUCGUUGUAGCUGCCAAGAUGGCUACGAGAUGGGAAAGUCCGAAACCGACUGUGUGCCAGUGUGUCCGGAAGCAUGUGGAGAUCAUAGUUUCUGCUCUGAGCCUGGCAAAUGUGAAUGUAAUAUAGGAUACACAAAACUGGAAGGCAGCACAACCACCUGCGCACCUGUGUGCGAGCCUUCCUGCGGAACCAAUUCGCGCUGCCAAGACCCGGACGUGUGCGUCUGCGAUGAUGGUUAUCAGUCUGAUCCGGCCGGAGGACCCUGCUCGCCCGUAUGCCGUGAGGGCUGUGGAAAUCACAGUAGGUGCGUUAGUCCGGAGGUGUGCCAAUGCGACGAGGGAUACUCUUUGGUGGGCAACGAAUGCCAGCCAAUUUGCCCCAAGGGCUGUCCGGCCAACGGGAAAUGCAUGCUCCCAAAUGUUUGCACUUGCGAUCCUGGUUACCUUAUGAAGGGCGAUCGCUGCGAGCCGCGCUGCAGUCCCGAGUGCUCCGACUACGCCCGCUGUGUAUCUCCGGAUUUGUGUGAGUGCUAUCCGGGCUAUGAAAAAACUGGAAAUGGCAGCCACUGUGUGCCCAAGUGUAGCAAAGGCUGUCCAAAUGGCUUCUGCUUCUCGCCGGAAGUGUGCAUAUGUAAAAUCGGUCACCUGAUGGGACCAGAUCAAGAGUGUGAGCCCCAAUGCAGCUUGAGUUGCGUCCACGGUCGUUGCACCCAGCCGGAGACCUGCACUUGCGAUCAAGGUUAUCGGUUUGGGAAUGAUUCCCAGCAUAUAUGCGAGCCCAUUUGCGAGAAGGGCUGCUUAAACGGGGACUGUGUGGCGCCGGAUGUGUGCCUUUGCCACGUGGGCUUCCAGCCAGAGCCAAGCAACCAUUCCAUAACUUCGGUAUGCAUUCCGGUGUGUGAAACUGAGUGCGUCAAUGGAAGCUGCUCUGCUCCGGGCCAGUGCACAUGCCUAGAGGGUUACACUAAAAUUGCAGGCUCGGAGACCCGUUGUACCCCGAAUUGUUAUAGUAAGUGCGAGUUCGGUGACUGCUUGGCCCCGGAGAAGUGUCAGUGCUGGGUAGGCUAUGAAAUGACCGAUGAAGGUUGCCAGAGGCCAACAGAGACCACAACCAUACAAAUUAAUCCCAGCUCCACUUCCAUCACAUCUGCUGACUUUCUUCACCUUCAAGAUACGAAUUGCACUACCAACUGUUCCUGUUGGACGGAAUUUGAUGAAGACGGCGUCUUGAGCACUGCCAAGUGCGCCAGGAUUUGUCGCGAUGAAAUGGACAAGCCAUGCCGGGAUCUAAGCCUCUGUCGCUGUGACCCACACAGUGGCGACUUAACAUGCAACAACAGCGGGGACGAGGACUACAGCUCGGAGGAAACUCGGUAUGUUUGCAAGGUGCCCAAGUUGCGCCCACAGGAAGCCGAAGCCACAAUUGCAAUGAAACCAACCCAGAAGGCAUCUACCUGGGUAAUGUUAAUAGCUUGGUGUUCCGGCAUCAUAGUUCUUGUGGCUGGGGCGAUUGCUAUCUACAUUUUCUAUCGACGCAAUCUUCAGAGGCCUAUGGACCCAAUGCAGGCGGGAAUAUAUGAAAACGAUCUUUAGAAACUGAAAUUUCUGAAUUAUACUUAACCAAAAUUGUAUUAAAUUGUUAUUUUCGUUCUUUAAAAAUUAAAUUCGAACAACUUAAAGCAAA